GAGAUUUUCUGCUUGCUUUCCACUCUCACAUCCUCACCUGCGCCUGAAAAAUCAUCCGAGAUGAGUAAGAUUGUGAUCUUGGUCUUUUGUGCUCUACUCUGCCUGAAGACUGUAAAAUGUCUGACGUGCAAAAGGUGUUAUUUUCACGUGAACGACGUGUGUGGAAUAGGACAAGGUGAAUGCAAGGUCUCUUAUAGAAACGCGACCUGUAUGACCAAAAUCUCAAAACGAGACAAAACAAUGUCAUAUGGCUGUGGUGAGAAAAAAAACUGUUCUGGACCAGAUAGGAACAAGCCAUACUACAUCAUCUGCUGUGAUACGGAUCUCUGUAAUGGGGUGGCACCUUGGACACCUGUCAGUGAAACCUUCACGGUGCCAAAAUUUAGAGGCUUUGUAGGUAGUCCUUAAGACUUGGUCCUCCCCACCAGCCUGCCAAACUCCUCAGUACAUCUUAUUCCAUUGUUUGGCAUCUUGGGCUCAUAACAAGUUGGGUGGUGUAAGCGGAAAUAAA